AUGCCUUCAUUCUUCACUUUUCAGCAAGGUUCCUCCGAUACCCGCUCACUUCCGCCGUCGGAGACGGAGUCGUUACGAUUUGGCCGCUUCAGGGCCAUACCUUUGCACCUGCAGCAGCAACAGAGGAGGAACGUGGGCAGUUUAUUCACGGCGUUUCCGGAGACUUCGGCGCUGACGAGGCCGCUGCUGUCGGGCGGCGGCGGUGGUGGGGGUUAUGGCGCGAUUGAUAUUUCACGAGGAGGAAACGAAGUGAGGAACGAUGAUGAUGAGGAUGAUGGUAUUGAUGAGCGCUGGUGGCUUGAUAGGGUGCUAAUUAGUCCUAGGAAGAAGACUGUGGCUUGGAUGAUGGAGAGAUGGUAUCGGCGGUUGGGGGUCUUGGUGGUUUUACCGGCCGGAAUAGUAAGCCCCCACAUCGUGAGGGUCACUACUAGCUGGACUGAUAAUCAGGGUGCGCUAUCAUAGACCAUAGUUUGGUGCGGUAUUCCGUUUCCAAAGCACCCUCUCCGCGCGCCACCCGCGAUACCAGUAGACGCGCUCCUAUCACCCCUGCGAGUUCCCGUAGAUUAUCGUGGCAAGGGCUUGCUCGAGGUGUUAUGGGCCGCUAUUCACAACCUCUUUGACGCAUCGGCGAUCCGUGAUGUGAUAUCUUCCUCCCUCCACCCACUCGUCUCUCGCGGCGAUAUCGAUGGAGAGGAGCACCAACGAGGCGGUGGACCUGGUCACGGAGAAGGGGUAGUCCGCAUAAACUUCUGGUUCUUCCUGCUUUGGUACUACGCGUUCUACAACCUCGUCGGGCUCUUAUGGAUCACAAAGCUAUUCAACCUCUAUUCCGUGAAUUGGUACCACCCCCUCCCGCAACGGGGAGUGAUCCGAAUUGACAAUCUGCAAAACAGGUGGCCCAGCAGGCUCGGCUUUCCCCCGGCGUUUACCCUCUUCAACCUCUUCCCCCUCAUCCUCGCCAUCCCGAUAUACCACUUCUCUCCACCAUCACUACUAAACCACAACCUGACCUGGAUCCUCCUGACCUUCACAACAAUGUCCGGCCCAGUCCUGAUCUCGUUUCUGGUCCUUCUCUCCGAACGCCGUUCCGCGCUGCGCACACGUUCAAUGCGCAACCCCUUCCACGCCACCUUCUCUCCACUGCGCUGGAACAGGCGCCAACGCUGGGGCUUAACCCGCUCCUUUACACGUUUCAUCUGGUUCUGCACCGCGUUAAUCCUCUCAUUGAUAGCCUUUGUCCUCGGCGAGGCCUACGCAGAAGUCUACCUGCGCACACUCCCGCACACAUCUCUGGAAACCGUGAUAUACGUCUGGAGCUGGAUCGCGACCAUCCACUUUCUCGACGCAACGACCGGGUGGAUCCUGGGCGCAAAGGUAGGCAGCUACCCCCUUGGCUGGGUCUUUAAGUUGUACUUUGCGACAACGUACCAGACAUACGUACGCGCGCUAUACGCUCGGCUGCGCUCACCAAGUCAGUUCGCGUACUUGCAAUUGUUAUCGUCGAGUAUUGUUAUCAUCUACCACCCACUCUCUAUGACCCCGUUGUUUCACAAAGCCUAUACGCGCCUGCACCUGACAGAUCAGACCUACCCUGAAUACCAGAAAUACCUCGGUCGAAGUUUCUUUGUGCGUGGGCUUGCCGAGAACGUUACAAUGGUGGCGUGGCUGGGCUGGGUGCUCGCCUUGCAUUACGGGUGGAAUAGAGAGGUGUAUCCCUACUUUUCCUUCGACGAGUUCAACUUCAAGCUCACAUUUUACGCGUCUGUUGUGACGUGGGCCUGUGAGACUAUUGCUAGAUGGUGCGUUAGGGGGAUUGUGUGGAGAGGGUUCGGGUUCGAGGUUAUGGGCGAGGGGGUUAAGGAUCUGGUGGGGUUCGACGGGUUGUUGCCGGCCGUCCUUGCGGUUCAGGUGCAUGUUUUGCAGAACAUGCUUGUUAGUAUUGCGCGGUUGAGGUUUUAA